AUGACAUCCCAGGUUCUGAAAAUCCAAGCCUGGCUGUCCUCGGUGACCACCUGCAGCCUCGUGCACUGGGCCAGUGCUGGCGGCAGGGCCCUAGUAGUCACGGCCAAGAUCAAGGUUCAGGACCUCCACGGCAGGAAGAAGGAGGAGCUGCUGAAGCAGCUGGACGGCUUCAAAGUGGAGCUGUGGCAGCUGUGCAUCGCCAAGUUCACUGGCGGCGCGGCAUCUGAGCUGUCCAAGAUCCGUGUUGUCCACAAGUCCAUUACCCGGGUCCUCAGCGUCAUCAAUCAGACCCAGAAAGAAAACCUCCAAAAGUACAAGUCCCUGGAUCUGCAGGCCAAGAAGAUGCGCACAUUGUGUCACCAACAACUCAACAAGCCUGAGGAGAACCUGAGGACCAAGAAGCAGCAGAGGAAGGAGCAGCUGUACACACUGCAUAACUACACUGUCAAGGCUUGA